AUGUAUAAGAAGGCGCUAGCAUCAUUUUGGAUAGUUGAAGAAGUAGACUUGUCAAAGGAUAUUGUAGAUUGGGAACAGAAACUUAAUGACGAGGAACGUCACUUCAUUUCACAUGUUCUAGCAUUUUUUGCCGCAUCAGAUGGUAUCGUCAAUGAAAAUCUUGUUGAACGUUUCUGCCAAGAGGUACAAAUACCAGAAGUGAGGUGUUUUUAUGGUUUUCAGAUUGCCAUGGAAAAUAUUCACAAUGAAAUGUACAGUUUACUUAUUAAUACAUACAUAAAAGAUUUACAGGAGCAGAACAGAUUAUUUAAUGCUAUUGAAACGCUGCCAGCUGUUAAGAAAAAAGCUGAUUGGGCUCUAAGGUGGAUUACCAAUAGAACGGCAACAUAUGCCGAACGCAUUGUUGCCUUUGCUGCAGUAGAGGGUAUUUUCUUUAGUGGUUCAUUUGCUGCAAUAUUUUGGUUAAAAAAACGUGGUUUAAUGCCAGGUCUAACCUUCAGUAAUGAACUGAUUUCUAGAGAUGAAGGGUUACACACAGAUUUUGCUUGCUUGAUAUUUAAGUACUUGAUUAAUAAGCCUGAUCAGAAAUAUGUAUAUUCUAUCAUUGAUAAUGCUGUGAAGAUUGAACAAGAAUUUUUAACAGAUGCCUUGCCAAUCAAACUUAUUGGUAUGAACUGUGAUCUAAUGGGGAAGUAUAUAGAAUUUGUGGCUGACCGACUUCUCUUUGAACUCGGUUUUAAGAAACUUUAUAAUGUAGAAAAUCCAUUUGACUUUAUGGAAAAUAUCUCAUUAGAAGGGAAAACUAAUUUUUUGAAAAAAAAGUAA